CUGGAUGCAGUAGUUUCGUAGUUCUGUUGUUAGUGUCGACAUUUCUAUACAUGGGAAACCGGUGGGUCCUAUUCCACUGUGGUCCCGUCCUCCAGAAUCCAAUCUUCAACACGGCGUUGUGGCAGUUAGUUGGCAAACUAGCUAAUUAAUUAGCUCGUGAUGUCUCAAGACGGCUUUCCCACUGCUGCUGCAAGGACUCCUGUUAACAGUAAUAACUGCUUGGGCUGUGCCAAAGAGCCGCCUUCUCCUUGCCCUGAAAAAACUCCCAUUCAAAUUCUCCACGAAUAUGGCACAAAGAUUGGAAACCUACCCUUGUACGUCAUGGAAAAGGCUGAAGGAGAAGCCCACAACCCUAGUUUCGUUUUCAACGUCACAAUAGGAGAUAUUACCUGUACAGGUCAGGGGCCAAGUAAAAAAGCGGCAAAGCACCAGGCCGCCGAACUGGCCUUGAACAUUUUGAAAAUUGAGCCUGGACCAAACAUUCCCAUCCCAAAGAAUGAGGAUAAUGGUGUUGCUGUGGAGUCCCACAACCAACACAAUCCUAUAGGCAUUCUACAGGAACUGGCACUUCAGCGGGGAUGGCGUCUCCCCGAAUACUCCGUCUGCAUGGAAGUAGGCCCACCUCACAAGAGAGAGUUCACCAUUACGUGUCAAAUGGAGGUCUUGUCAGAAACGGGAACUGGAAAUUCCAAGAGGUCUGCCAAGCGAGACGCUGCAGAGAAAAUGGCUGCAAAGAUCCAAUCACUGUCCGGCUGUCACGAUAUGCCAUGGACUCCAAGGCCUACCGUGAGGCUGGAAUGUUUGCGAACGUCUUCCGGAGAUAAUAUUUCAAUGCUGAGAAGGAAUCCGCUCAGCAUUCCCAACACAGACUAUGUGCAGAUGAUGUUGGAGCUGUCCAAAGAGCAGGGCUUUGAAGUCACUUACUUCGACAUCGAUGAGCUGACGGUGAAUGGGCAGUACCAGUGCCUGGCAGAACUGUCCACCAUACCGGUCACCGUGUGCCACGGCACGGGCAUCUCCUGCGGCAACGCACACAACGACGCCGCCCACAGCGCGCUCCAGUAUAUCAAGAUCAUGGUGUCCAUCAAGUGAAGCUACGCAAGAGCUGCGCGUUUCACAGUACAACCCACCCAUGCUUUCACAGACCUACAGGAUGGAUUGUGGAAAAUUAUGUUUAAAAAGGAAAGAAAUAAGAAAAAGGUUUACUGGACAGUGUUUUAGUCCAUAAAUUAUGCUUAUAAAGUUUCUGGACAAUGUUAGUAAGGAAUUGAAAACAAACCCAGAGUAAUAUAGAUGCAUAUGUAAUAGAGUUGCAAAUGUUCUCCAGGUUUUGUUUUCCUCAGUGACAUACCAUUUUGGUGUGCCUGUGUGGUGUGUUCUUAGCCGUUGUAUUUAACAGCCAGUGUACGGGUCAUGGGCUUAAAUUGCUGUUAUUAAUUGACUUUCAAUAAUGAAAACAUUACAUUCCUUUGACAUAAGGAGAGACAAAACAAACAAACAAACAAAAAACCCUGGAAAGCUCAGUUAAGUUAAAAAAACAGUUUUUAAAACAAUUUAGGUUGGAAUGCUGCACUUCUGCUCAAACUUUACUGGGCGCGAGAAAGAUGAAUAUAAGCACUGAAACACCUGUAGAAAUGAAAGUUUCUUCUUGUGUGGCAUUUUGUCAUUGUCAGUUGUUACGUAAAUAUUACAUACAUAUUAUAUCAAGGGAAAUUAUUAAUAUAAUUGGCCCACUGCAUUGCAAACCCAUUUGUCAUUACUGAUAAAUGGUGAUAAGUUGCAAUAAAAGAUUAAACUUACUAUGGAAGUAUGUUGACCCCUUCUAAAGGAAUUGGCACUUUUAAUGAAUUUUAUUCAUAGACCAGGACCAUGUCUUUUUAUGGUUUUCAUGCCAACUGCUGGGGGAAAGUAAAGUGAAUCAGUAUGUCUAAAAUAUGUAUGACUUUUUGCAGGCAGCUGAUUUGUUUCAUAAUGUAAUCCAUAAAUGCAUUUGUGUCCUG